AUGAAACCCUGUCAAAAAAUUGAAGAAAAACCAGAAAAUGAGAAUGAACCAAAACUUGAAGAAGUACCAAAGCCUGAGGAAAAGCAAGAGGAGGAGGAAAAAACAGAAGAAACUUUUAGAGAAAGACUGAUUCAGUCUCUCCAGGAAUUUAAAGAAGAUAUACACAACAGGCAUUUAAGCAAGGAAGAUAUGUUUAGAAAUGUGAAUGAAAUUGAUGAGAUAAGGAGAGUCAGAAACAAACUUACAGUGAUACGUUGGAAGGUUAAUCGAAACCAUCCUUACCCCUAUUUAAUGUAG